CAGCCCUCACCCCCCCGCCCCGGAUAGACAGGACUCUUGGAGCAGCACUCCAUGUCGAUAGCAGUGGGAGGCCGCAGUAGCUAGUUAGCCACCGGGUGUUGAGAUAGAGUCGGUUAGGGGUUGGAGCGAGGACUUGGAGGGGAGUCACUGAUUAUCUUAAUUCUAAUUUGCGCCUCGGCAGCAUUAAAAAGCGUAUUGUUUCACCAUUGUUUAGCUAGUAUUGUAAGUGGGUUUUUAGAGAUAAUCCGCAGUGACAUUUGAUGUGCUGUGUGUAGUGUAGGACGUCAUCGGGAAAAUACACAUUGCUUUCGAAUACACCUAGUUAUCGUCAAUAGCCUCCCGUAUCUUGGAACUGACUGCCCGACCCUCGGCACAUCAACAGCGACAAUGGCAGAUAGAGAGCAACUGAUCCAGAGAGCCCGUAUGGCUGAGCAGGCGGAGCGGUACGAUGACAUGGCUUCAGCGAUGAAACAGGUGACUGAGCUGAGUGAGCCUCUGAGUAACGACGACCGCAACCUGCUCUCUGUGGCCUACAAGAACGUGGUGGGAGCCCGGCGGUCCUCCUGGCGCGUCACCUCCAGCAUCGAGCAGAGGGCCAUGGCCGAUGGCAACGACAAGAAGCUGGAGCUGGUGAAGGCCUACCGGGAGACCAUCGAGAAGGAGCUGGAGACAGUCUGCCAGGACGUGCUCAACCUGCUCGACGAGUUCCUCAUCAAGAGCUGUGGAGAAGACCAGCUGGAGAGUAAGGUGUUCUACCUGAAGAUGAAGGGCGACUACUACCGCUACCUGGCCGAGGUGGCCACGGCCGAGAAGAAGACCUCCGCCGUGGAGUCCUCUGAGGGAGCCUACAAGGAGGCCUACGAGAUCAGCAAGAGCAUGGCGGCCACCCACCCCAUCCGCCUAGGUCUGGCCCUCAACUUCUCUGUGUUCUACUACGAGAUCCAAAACGCCCCCGAGGAGGCCUGCAAGCUGGCCAAGGAGGCCUUUGAUGAGGCCAUCGGACACCUGGACAAUCUGAACGAGGACUCCUAUAAGGACUCCACCCUCAUCAUGCAGCUGCUGCGGGACAACCUGACCCUGUGGACCAGCGACCAGCAGGACAGCGAGGGGGGAGAGGCCCAACCCUGAGACCACCUCCUCCUAACCCCUGAUAGUCUUUAGCUAGAGUUAGCCACUCCCCUUCCCCAUGCUUUACUAGUUUCAGAUCUUUUGUUCUCUAAUCUCUUCCUCAUCGCUCGCCUCUUUGUCUCUUUGUGCCAUUAUCAUGCUCAAUUAAGGCCUCAUCAGGAAUAAUCUGUUCUCUAGUGGCCUCUCGUUUUUUGUCCUACAUUCUCACCUCUUCCCUUGCUGCAUUCACCCUCUCAUACUGUCCUCCUCAACUCUCUCCCUCUUUUCUGUCCUCCAAGCCUUUCUGUCCCUGGCCCACUUCCUGUGCGCUAGGUGGUAUUUUUUCUGCUUCGAUCCAUUCCAUCCCCUCCCUUCCAUAGUUGCUGAUAAUUAACUGACUAGUUGGUAUUCAAGUGACAUUUCCACAUGAUGUUCUCGUGAGGACAAUUUAGUAUCGAUCAUGAGUGGAUGUCUGUAAUUCUAAUUAGGGAAAAUGUAUUUCAUUACGUUACACAGCAUCGUGGAAAUGUUACUAUUGACCAGAAUGUGGUUGUAAUCUCCUCCUUGACUUGAACCCUUUCUAUGCCCCCCUGUCACUGUAAGAUGUCUGUCUGUUGUUCCUCCUCUCGAUUUCCUGUCUGGUGCCCUUUCCACUCUGCCCUCUGAUCUCGGUGUGCACUGCUAGCCCCUGUGAAUGUGUGUGCCAGCAAUCAUACCAUUUUGAAAUGUCCACCUUUUUGAAGGUUGAUGGGACAGUGUCUGGAGUUUUCAGUUGUGCAAGUACAUUUGUUUAUUAUUAUGAAUAAUGUAUGGUCAUUAAAACAUUACCUACCCUGGGAACUUGUGGGUAUGUACCCUGUUCUGUGUGAAUGCUUGGAUGAACAGCAUGCUCGUGCGCAUCAGUCGUCAUGAGUGAAUAUGUGGCCCUGCGGUCAUGAGCUAUUUGGUCAUGAUGUUUCCUGUUGUACUUUUAGUUUCUCAUUACGAUUAUCUCUGUAUUACACACACACACACAUUUAGUUCACUGUGUAGGAUUGUAUUGUGUUUUUUGUGAGACUGUUCUCAUUGUAUUCCUCCCCCUGAUGGACAAAGUCAGAAUGGUGUCUUGGUGCAGUCUACAUUUCCAAUGAAUUAGCUGCACACUUCUGUUGGAGUGAAAUGUACAGUAGGUGUAAUAUGACUCAUUUUAGUUUUCUGUUGCAAAAGUUUUGAUUCUAUAUGCCCAAUUGAACACCCUGGCUUGUUUUACCACUUAUUUUUUUUCCUUCCUGGCUCUUUGUUGUGCGGCAUUUUACCAUGUUAAGCUCCAGACUCGAUACUUACCUGGUGGUUGUUUCUGGUACUUUUACCCUCCCGACUACAGGGUCCAUAAUAACGUAACAGCCCCAUUAAAGGGAUUUUUUUUUUGCAA